AUGGGAAGCAGAUCGGAGAGCAUGCUCUCAAGGACAAAGCGAGUUGAUCCUCUUCAAGGACUGUGGAAGUAUGAGGGAGCACUGGCAAGCACUACUGGGACUUGUUUCUCUGAUCAGCACUACGCAAAUACUUCAGCAGGAAAGCAUUUCGAAAAGUUACAAGGCAGACUUGAAAACCAAGAGGCUGAGAGGGAAGCCGAAAGGGAAGAACAUAGGUGUCAGAUUCAAGAAAUGAAGUUGGCAAUGCAGAGCUUAUUUAAUGCGAGCAACCAGAGCGAACAUUUGAACCUGCAGAUGGUAGCAGAAUACAUUGCCAUUGUUGAGCAAGUUAGAGUUUGA